GAAAUUUGUGUUCGUGACUCGACUCGUCACUCGAAGUAGAAGAACACACGACUGAGGCCCCCGCAAUCGAGCCGUUGUUGACCUCCUCACAAAACGCAGCCUUCAUCUCGAAAACUGUCACAAAACAAAGCCACCAUCUCGAAAACUCAGCUCAAGUACUUUCUUUCCUUCAAAGCAUCAAGACGACAUGAGUCUCAAGUUGAUUACCUCCUUUGCCAGCAUCUUGGCGUUGCUGGCAGUUCCAGUUUCUUCCAGCUUUCUCGAAAACUCUAUCAUCGGAGACUUUCGUUCUGUGAGCGAAAUGAGCCCUCAAGUUGUCCUCAAAUUCAUUGGUGACUGCGCUGGCAAGACGAUCGACACGUCGUCGUGUCUGGUCUCCACAGUCGUUACCAACACCUUUGGCAACGAGAGAUGGGGAGACCGUUGCGCGCCAUUUGAACAAUCCCAGGCAAUCGAUUUGGCGACCCAAGCUUAUCUUUCUUGCGGAGGUGGAGACACGACCGCACACACCGACUUGAUCACUGUGCUGUCGGACAAUCUGUGCUUUUCCAAGCUCUGCGAAGCCGAUUCUCAUCUCGACGUUGAGUCGACAUGGAUGCGGACAUGCGCCAACGUCCAUCUUCCGUACUCCAAGCCCCGCAUGGAUGGCAUGUUUGCCAUCAUGCCCGAUGAAGACGACGUCAUUCUAUCUUGCAUGCUUCACGAAGCGAUGUCGUCGCCUCCAUCCGACUUUGGUUUUGUCAAUCCUUCCGAAACGUCCGUUGCAAAAUGUUACCCACCUGGAUACCCCGCUCUCGACGCACUUUGCGCCAACAUUUUGGCACCCGAACUGUACAGCCGCUGCUCUUCGGCUGUUGCAGAAUCCAAUACAAUGUUUUCUAUGAUCACUGCCUUGGUCGCCAACCCAGACGACAUCACGGAAGACUUUUGCAGUUCCAUGAAUAUGAUCGCCGCGCCGAACAAUUUGGAGUGCUUGGUCCCUCUUUGCAACUACACUGCUCCAACGUCAAGCCCAUCGGCCACGCCUUCAUUCGAGCCGUCGGCGCAACCGUCUCAAGCUCCCAGCCAUGCCCCGAUCUCCUUGCCCAGUGGAUCGCCUUCCACCGAUCCGAGUUCAGCACCGUCCUCCAGACCGAGCGUUGCUCCAAGCGUCGCUCCAAACAUCGCCCCGACAUCUGCUCCUGUGACAGCCCCACCCACACAUGUGCAGGCGCAAGCGAACGUUGAGACAGAGAUACAGUCCGAGUUUACUCUUGUUGGAAUCAACGACGUGGACGUUGGAGAUUCGGACCUGGACGCCUUCUUGAGAGUCUUGUCGACUGCUGUUCAAUCCGUGGGAGCCGAUGCAGUUGAUGGCACCAUGACGGUGGAAAUCGUCGUCAUUGGAGGCAUUCAGACUCGGAAACGACGGCGACGACACCUCCAAGACGGAGAGGAAACGUUGGAUGUUCAAUUCCGAGCCACUGUAACGAGCGAGUGCUUUACCAACAACUGCGCCAAUGGUUCGUUUUCCACAAGAGUUGCCCAGAAAUUCCGGGGUGCCUUGGUUUCUUCCAUCAACAAUGGAUCGUUGGCUGCGAAAAUCAACCAAGAAGCUGAGAGCAACAAUGUGGAUGCUUUGACUUCCGUUACAGUCGAGAGAAAGGCCUUGAGCUAUUUCACUUUCACCGGCAAGGUCUUGACGGAUGACACUUCUGCCGGCCAUACCACUCGCAAGCUGGUCUCGAUCCCCAUGUUUGCAGUGUCCUUGCUGUCCCUGUUCAACCUCGACAUCUAACUCGACUUGGAAAAGCUUGAGUGGUUUCGGUGUGGAAAGAUAAAAAUAAAGUGGGCCUCUCACCAUCAACGCCCAAUCCCUUGCAGGGACCAACAAGAGAGGAAGUUUCUAACAUUAAUCGACUUCAAAUUGUCUAC